GACCACAAUAUUAUCUAUUGCCAACUCAGACGACCGAUGUCCCCGAACAACUAAUGGGACUACUUUUUGUCACUACUAUCAUCUAUUUUCCUCAGUACCAAUUAUAAAAGUUAUCAGGUUAUAGAUGCGUAAUGAUCUAGAGAUUCAUAAAAAAAAAACUCACAGGAGGUUUCUUGCGGAGAAAACAACUGUUGAUCCUUGCGGGUUCUUUUUUUCCCCUGCAUGAGAGAUGGAAACUGGAGUCGUAAUCGUCCAAGAACCUGUUUCUGCAACGAUAAGUGAAGGUGCAAACGAGUACCUGGUGAGCAAACAAGCCGAUGAAACUGUCAAGUAUGACGAUAUUGAAGGACCUCCUGGAGUAGUUGACCGCUCCAUUAAAGCACAUGAGGCAAAAGUAGUUCCCGAUAUAAGCAUUGGCCACAGUGGCAGCAAUGGAGUAACCAUAGGAUCUGCAGAUCCUGCAGAAGUUCCAAAUGGGUCAGGGAAUAAAGAAAAUGAAGGAGCAGAAGAAGAGAAAGCAACACACGAUAAUCCAAUCGCAGAAACUACCGACAUCACUAAAGAGAAAUCUAUUGCCGCAGAAAAUUUCGAUGUUGCACUCGAUAGACAAGCAUCAGACUUUGUGGAAGCUAGUUCAGUUCGUAAUGAAGAAACUAGAGUUCAUGACCCUGGUAUGGUGUCUAUAGUUGAAACUGAAAGCUUGAACCGGGAUGAUCAUGGCGAUAUUGGAAAAGCUCAACCAGUGGAAACAAUCAGCACAAUAAACGAUUCAGAGAGAACCUUAGAUGAUGCAACCGUAGACAGUAAAACAGAAGAUGAAAUCACCAGAAAAAUUCAAGAGAUCCAUGAAAGUUCUAAGGUGAUUGAGGAAGCAGUAAGCACGGAAAAGCAUACAGCACAGCAACAACUACACAGCAUAGAAAGCUGCUCACCAGUUCACGAGGAAACAAUGGUUGAAAGCUCUGAAGCAUUGAUGGAUGCUCCACCUGCAACUGCAAACACGAAGGAAGAGAUGGUUAGAAGCUGCAAAAAAAUUGAAAUUGAGGAGAACUCCAACCAGGCCCACGAAGAAUCACAGCGAAGCAGUACAGAUAAGGAUAUCGAAGAACAUGUUCCAGAGGAGAACGUGCCAAAGGAUGAGACAACUGUAACUCAAAGUGAGGCUGUAGAUACCACAACAGCAGAAGAAGAAAAGAUCUCGAAGAAUGCUGAGACGAUUUUAGAUGCAUCUGAGGCUGUACAUACUACGAAAGCCGAAGAAGAAGAGAUUGCAAGGGAUACCAAGCUUCUUGAUGAAGGUGAAAAUACAAAAGAAGGUCCUCUUGGAUCAGAAGUGAAUCUAACUAAGGAGGAGAUGCUUCAGAGAGAAGAUGAAGAGACCACAGAAGCAGCAGAACAAAAAAUCCCGAGGAAUGCUGAGGCCAUUGUAACUGAAACCGAGGCUGCAGACACUAUUACAGAACAAGAAAAGAUCUCGAAAGAUGCUGAGACAAUUUUAGAAGUGACUGAGGCUGUAAAUACCUCGGCAUCUGAAGAAGAAAAGAUUGCAAAGGAAUUUCCUGAUGAAGAAGAAACUACAAAAGACGGUCAUCUUGGACCACAAGAGAAUCUAACUGAAGAAACAAAGAAUGAUAAGCUUCAGAAAGAAGGUGAAGAUACAACUGAAAAUGAAACCGAGGCUGUACAAACCACAAUAGCGGCAGAGGAAGAAAUCCGGAAGAAUGAUGACACCAUUUUAAAGGAAUCAGGGGCUGCAGACACUACAACAGAAGAAGAAGAAGGGAUAUCAAAGAAUGCUGAGACGAAGUUAGAAGCAAAUGUGAAUAUACAUACCACGGAUGCUACAGAAGAAAAGAUCUCAAAGGAUGCUGAAAUUCUCGAUGAAGGUGAAACCACAAAAGGAGGUCAUCCUGAACCACAAGAGAAUUUAGCUGAGGAGACUCUUCAAAAAGAAUGUGGAGAAACUGUUGCAAAUGAAACCAAGGCUUUACAAAUAACAGCAGUUGUGGAAGAAGAAAUCCCAAAGAAUAUUGAGACCAUUGUAAAUGAAACGACGAUGGUAGUUCCUACAGCAGUAGAAGAAGAACAGAUCUCGGGGAAUGCUGACACGAUUUUAGAUGACACUGAGUCCGUACAUGCCACAACAGCUGCAGAAGAAAAGAUCGCUAAGGAUGCUGAACUUCUUGAUGAAGAUGAAACUACAAAAGAAGGUCAUCUUAGACAGGAGGAAAAUCUUAUUGAAGAAGACAGGAAGGAGAUGCUUCACAAAGAAGGUGAAGAGACCGUUCAAAAUGAAACCCAGUCUGUACAAACCACAGCAGUGGCAGAAGAAGAUAUCCUGAAGAAUGAUAACACCAUUAUAAAUGAACCGGAAGCAGCGGAUAAUUCAACUGCAGAAGAAGAAAGGAUCUGCAAGAAUGCUGAGAUGACCUUAGAAGCAACUGAGGCUGUGCUUACCACGGAUGCUGCAGAAGAAAAGGCCUCAAAGGAUGUUGAACUUCUUGAUGAAGGCGAAACUACAAAAGGAUGUCUUCCUGAACCAGAAGAUAAUGUAACUAAGGAGGAGAUGCUUCAAAAAGAAGGUGGAGAGACCACUGCAGAUGACACCGAGGCUGUACAGACCGCAGCAGCAUCAGAAGAAGAAAUCCCGAGGAAUGUCAAGACCGUUGUAAAUGAAACCGAGGCUAUAGAUCCUGCAGAAACAGAAGAAGAAAGGAUCUCAGACAAUGUUGAGCCGAUUUUAGAUACAAUUGAGGCUGUCCAGUCCAGAACAGCUGCAGAAGAAAAGACCACAAAGGAUGAUGAGCUUCUUGAUGAAGGCGAAACUACAAAAGACGGUCAUCUUGGACAAGAAGAGAAUCUAACUGAGAAGGAGAUGCUUCAGAAAGAAGGUGGAGAGAUCAUUGCAGGUCCCCCUGUUGUAAAGAAAAAAGCAGCGACACAUUCACCACUGGAAAGUAAGGAAGUUGAAGAAAGAGCCCUAGAGGAAAGGAGCAUGGAUGAUCCAAGUCCUCUGCAAGAAGAAUCAUGUCUGCCAAAGGAGCAGAUAGACGAAACACACUCACAGGAAGAACAAACGGAGAAGCAUGAAUCGUCAAAUGAAGCAAUUCCUGAUGACCAGCAGGCUAUUACGGAAGAAAAAUCUGAUGAGCACAUAAGAAUUCCCUUGACAGAACCCAGGAAGCUAUUGAGACAACUGAAACACGCCGAGACCAUUGUAGAUGAAACCGGGGCUAUGGAUGCUACAAAAAGAGAAGAAGAAACGAUCUCAAAGGAUGCUGAGACAAUUGUAGAGGCAACUGAGGCUGUAUGUAUCACGAAGGCUUCAGAAGGAAAGCUCUUGAAGGAUACUGAACUUCUCGAUCAAGGCGAAACAACAGACGGAGGUCAUCCAGAACCGGAAGAGAAUAAAACUAAGGAGGAGAUGCUUCAAAAAGAAGGUGGAGAGACCCUUGCAGAUGAAACUGAGGCUGUGGCUGUACAGACCACAGCAGAAUCAAAAGAAGAAAUCCUGAGCAAUGUCGAGACCAUUGCAUAUGAAACUGAGUCAGUAGAUGCUACAACGGCAGAAGAAGAAAGGAUCUCGAGCAACGCUGAGCCGAUUUUAGAUGCGAGUGAGGCUGUCCAUACCACGACAACUGCAGAAGAAAAGAUCGCAAAGGAUGCUGAACUUCUCGAUGAAGGUGAAACUACAAAAGAAGUUCAUCUUGAACAGGAGGAAAAUCUAACCGAAGAAGACAGGACGGAGAUGCUUCGCAAAGAAGACGACGAGACAAUUGCAAAUGAAACUGAAGCAUUACAAACCACAGGAACGGCAAAAGAAGAAAUCCAGAAGAAUGCUCAUACCGCUGUAAACGAAACUGAGGCCGUAGUUACUGGAACAGCAGAAGAAGAAAUCUUGAAGAAUGCUGACCCUGAUGUAGAUGCAAUUGACACUGGACCUACCACCGUACCUGCAGAAGAAAAAUUAUUAAAGGAUACUGAACUUCUGGAUGAAGGUGAAACUGCAAAAAAAGUUAAUCUCAAACCAGAAGAGAUUCCAACUGGAGACAGCAUGCUCCAUAAAGAAGAUGAAGAUACCAAAGAAUUAAAAACAGGAGAAGAUGAGGCUAUAAAGACUGUCAUCUUGUCGGAAGAGGUGCCCCAGAAAAUCGAUAGAGAAGAUGAUGUAGAAUAUAUCAAGGACAAGAUCACAGCGAAAGAAACUGGAGCUCAUGAAGUGGAUGACGAGGUGAAAAGUUCGGAUCAAAAAAAUGUUCAAACAGCAGAAUCUGGAGAACAUAUGGAACCUAGCAGCUCAGGAAUCAAGAUAGAUGAACCUCUGCCUGAAAAAUCAAGCACUAAUCCAGAAGAGAAAAUCCUACAAGAAGACGAGCCUGAGGCAGCUCAAGUAACAAAGAAAGAAGGCCAGAAACUUGAAGAAAGCCCCUCUGGUAUUCUGUUGAAGGUCGGGACUGAAGAUCAUGGCUCUGAAGAUAAAGAGAAGCUGACAGAAGAUAGCCUAAAGAUAGAUGAAGUUGAUGAAACCAAUAUAACAUCUGAAGUCUUCAUUCCUUCCGGAGAUCAGGUCGCUGAGGAAUCUGGUGAAAGUCAAAUUGCCAAGGAGCAGAGAGGUUGGACUCCAGGUGAUCUAGAGGCGGAGAAAAAUGAUCAAAACAAAACCAGGACUGGAGCAUCAGAUGAGACCAAAGAUCAAGAAACCACGAAAACUGAUGAGAUGAUGAAAGGCCCACUAGAAAAUCCGGUUGCUGUUGAAUCCGUUGGAUUAGGCGAAACUACACAUGACCAGAAUCUUCCGGAGGUGGAAUCAAUCGAGAAAAUGGAGGAGUGCCCUGAAUUGCCCUCCGUAGGAUUGAAGCAAACAACCGAAACUGUAGAUGAGAAGAUCGAGGAGCAACCAGAAGAAGCAGGACAUCUGGAUCAAGAAGGUCAAGAAGAGGGUCCCCCUGUUGUAAAGAAAAAAGCAGCGACACAUUCACCACUGGAAAGUAAGGAAGUUGAAGAAAGAGCCCUAGAGGAAAGGAGCAUGGAUGAUCCAAGUCCUCUGCAAGAAGAAUCAUGUCUGCCAAAGGAGCAGAUAGACGAAACACACUCACAGGAAGAACAAACGGAGAAGCAUGAAUCGUCAAAUGAAGCAAUUCCUGAUGACCAGCAGGCUAUUACGGAAGAAAAAUCUGAUGAGCACAUAAGAAUUCCCUUGGUACUGCCUUCUGAAGAACAGGAACAAGGAAGUCUAGCUGAACCCGAGAGGGUAGAAGACGAAAAAGUGAAGGACACGGAGUCAGCAUCAGACAGAACCCAGGAAGCUAUUGAGACAACUGAAACACCAGAACUUAGUAGUGUUCCAUGUCUUCCAGCUGAAAAGUCAGAGGCAGAUGAAACUCCAUCAUCUGAACUAAUUUCAGGAUUGGAUGAGCAGACUCCAAAGCAAGUAGAGGAAAUUAUUGAAGAGGAAAAAAAGGAAGCAGAUGAGUUAGAAGCAGAAAAAGUUCCUUCUAGCGAAGAUAUUUUUCAAGAAAUAUCUGAAAAAGAAGCUCCAAUUUCUGCAUCGGUGGCCAAGGAAGAGGAACAAGUGACUGCAUCUGAUGAUGUGACGAUUCAGGGGGCAAAAGGUGAGAAAGAAAUAGCAGAAAUGAACGAGAGUCAAGAGGAAGUUCUUAAUUCUACAGAGACAAAAGAACCGGUAUUCCCAGAAGAGGAGCAGCAUGGAGAUCCUGAACCUUCAAAGAAUGAUGAAAGGUUGAAUGUUCAGAUUCGAAUGCAGGAGCAACUUCAGGUGUUGCCCUCUGACGAAUCAAAGAUAAUAACCACAGAUGCAUCUGAAAGUAUACAGGAUAAACCAAAAGAAGACGAGGAAAGGCCCCAGGUGCUUGAACCAUUAAGCAAGGAUACGGGUGUUGCAGAUCGAGGUCUUCCCUUGGAACAAUCGAGUAUGCCAAAUGCAGAUGCCAAAGUAUCUGAUGAACAAAUUCAGAUUCCAUCUGACGUGGGAGAUAAUGAAACACUUGAAGGUUCUGAUCUAUCAAAGGUAACAGAGGUUACCGUUGAUGAAAGGUUUCUAGAAGAAAAUUCAGAUGAACAGGUCAAAUCGAAAAUGAAAUUUAAACAGGAGACUCCUACUGAAGAAACAGAGGAAGGAGAUAAAGAAAUAAAGGAAACAGAGAGAACAGAGGCUUUAGAAGGCUCAGGCACCUCAGAGACUUUGGAAAUUAGACAGGAGGAACCCAAGGACCAUGAAGCUCCAAACCUUGAAGAUAAGGAGGAAGACAAGAACCAGAAAGUUCCUGAGACAACCGAGGAACAAGAAGCUCAGGCUGAUCACUGUCUUCCCAUUGAAACAUCAGAACCAGAUCAAACCCCGUCCACUGAGCUGGUUCUGGGAGGGGAUGAGCAGACUCCAAAGCAAGUCAAUGAGAUCAAUGAAGCGAAAACAAAGGAAGCAGAUGAAUUGCAAUUAGAAGAAAUCCCCCGGGGUGAAAUUAUUCCAGUAGAAUCAUCUGAUGACAAAGGUCCAACCUCUGUGUUGUUGGCUUCUGGGGAAGCGGAACAAGUCACUGCCUCUGAUGCUGUGACAAUGCAAGAAAGUAAAUCUGAGGACGAAGUCACAAAAAUGAACAAGGGAAAGGUAGAAGUUCCCGCUGCAGUAGAAACCGAAGAUAUGAUUUUAGAUACAAAAACAAAAGAUUUGGAAGAUGAGGCAAAAGAAAAGCUUGAACAUUACCAUGUUGAAGAGGGAUCAGAUACUCCUGCUGAUCAGAGUCAUAUAGAAGAAAAAUCAGAUUAUCAGGUGGAGGAACUACCACAAGAGUUGUCCUCGGAAAAACAGGUUCUGGAGCCUUCAACUGAAGCAACGCCAGUAGAAGAUGAAGACGUAACGAAAAUGAACAGUGGAGUAACUGAGACUGUAGAAGGUCAAAGCAUGUCCAACACUUCGGAGGAUGCAUGCCUGAACCAGGAAGAGACCAAGGACCAUGGAGCUCCAAAACAAUGUGGAAUUACAGAGGAUCAGACUCUUCCAAAGAGUGAGAGUCCAGAUGAUACUUCUUUCUUAAACAAAACAGGGGAGGUAGAGCAUGAAGAUGGUCUUACGUCUGCUCUUCCAACUGCCCAAACUGAGAAUGUAUUCCAAACUACUCUGGGUACUGAGAGUGAUACCAGAGAUGCACCUGCACUGGGGGAGACGAUGACAAUGGAACCGGCAGAAGAAGCACAACAGGCUGGUGAUGAUGAAGUAGAGUCAAAAGAAAAGGAUUUUGAGACUUCAAUAAAGCUAGAGGACUCUGAAACUGAGGAAAAGCAUCCGGUUACAGAAAUAACUGGGUUGGAGACUGGUGAAAAACCGGACAUGAAGGAGGAAGAGGGGGUUACAGCUGCUGAGAAACAAGAAAUCUGUGUUGAGGAGCAAUCUGUCCCUGCAAAUGAAUUAAAUUUGCUAAACAAGCCUACAGAAGAGUUAGAGGUACAAGAAGAACAGAUCAGGGAACUUGAAGCCAGAGUUGAAGAAAAGAUACAAGAAGAAGAAACCAGGGAGACUGUAGAACGUGAGGAAACAAUUCCUGCUACCGGAAGAUCUGGUGAGAAAAUUCAGAUUCCAUCCUCUGCAUUGGCUUUUGAAGAGCCAGAGCAUGCAAUUUCUACUGAAAAGCAGGAAGAUAAAUCAGAAGAAUCUUCACUGCCUAAGAAUGAAAGUCACGCAGACUCUACGCCAGGAGUGACAGAUACUUUUUCUGAUCAAAAUAUGCCAGAAGAAACACCAGAUGAGACACUUCAGACCCAAUCCACCAAUAUGUCAACAGAGAAGCUGGUCCGAGAGACCCAGGCAGAGGUCAAGAACGAUGAACGAAAGGAAGAAGAGGAAUCAGUAGCUCAGGCACAACAUGAUGCUAAUGCUGCAGCAGUAGGGAAAGCAUCCCUGCAAGAGGAGCCUCCCAAAGAUCCCAAAGCUUCUGAGAAGGUUGAAGAGCCAGAGCAUGCAAUUUCUACUGAAAAGCAGGAAGAUAAAUCAGAAGAAUCUUCACUGCCUAAGAAUGAAAGUCACGAAGACUUUACGCCAGAUACUUUUUCUGAUCAAAAUAUGCCAGAAGAAAUACCAGAUGAAAAACUUCAGCCCCAAUCCGCCAAUACGUCAACAGAGAAGCUGGUCCGAGAGACCCAGGCAGAGGUCAAGAAGGUUCAUGACGGUGAACGAAAGGAAGAAGAGGAAUCAGUAGCUCAGGGACAACAUGAUGCUAAUGCUGCAGCAGUAGAGAAGGCAUCCCUGCAAGAGGAGCCUCCCAAAGAUCCCAAAGCUUCUGAGAAGGUUGGAGAUACUUUUGAUCAGAUCAUAGAGGCCCAAGAACCAGCAGUUGUUCCUGAAACUAGAUCAUCUGCAUCCCUUUCUCAAGAAACAGAGCAGAAGCCAGAUAGCCCUGAACCGGCUGAGGGAGAAAAUGUUGCGAUCAUAGAGGGAAAGAAGAAUGAGGAUAUACAAGAGGAGAAGCCAGAGGAUACUUCUGCCACAAUGCAAAAGGAAGAAGCAUUCUCACCAAAAGUCAAGACGGAUAUUGGAGAUGCAACUGAGCGUGGAACUCAUCAUGCUUUGACAUCCCUAGAAGUGGAAAAGGAAGAACCCCAAAGUGCGUUGAGGAAUGAAGAAGAGAUCAAUGGUGCAGUUCCAACUGAAAAACAAAUUAUUCAGUCUCCAGAAGAACUAAGAGAGAAAGCUGAUGGUAUUGAGUUUGAAUCAAACGAGGAAACUGCUGAACUACAAGCCAGAUCAGAAGAUACAAUGAGUGAUGAGAAGCAUCAUGAUCUAGCAGCUGAUUCAGGGAUCACUGGGGAACAGGGUGGAGAGGGAACAAAAGAAAUUUCCGUGGCUGAAGCAAAAAAUGAAGAAUGGUCACUACAGGAGCAGACUAAGGAAACCAAUAUUUAUACAGCAGAGAAAAGCACCAAUAAUCUGGUUUUUUCAAUGGAACAAGCACCAAAGGAUCAAAUAGAAGAAGUAAAGAUGCAGGAGGAGAAACCCAGGGAGCUUGAAGCACAAAUAGAAGAAAUUCUAACUGAUCAGCCUCUAGUAAAAGAUGCACAAAUUGAGCAAGAGGAACCUUCAGCCAAAGAGCAGAGGAAAGAACCAAGCUUGUCAGAGGAGGAAGAGGAGAAAGGCCCACAAGAUAUAAAACAUGAAGUCGAAUGUAGUCUGAACUCGCAGACAGCAGAAGUGGUGGAAGAACCCCAACAACUGUCAUCUACAUUAGCUUCUGAGGACAACAAGCAUCAAAACUUAGAAUCAGCAACUGAAGUUGAAGAAAAAGCAAAAGAGGACUCGGAGAACUUAGAAGAGAAGAGUUCAUCAGAAGCUUUUGUUGUGAACUUAACAGAAUCAACAAUUCAGUCGAAGGAGGCAACCCCCAAGGAUGGUCCAACAGUUGCUCCUGAUGAUGUUAUGAAAAUUCAGGCUCCAGAAAUGAUAGAAAGAGAUGAAAUCCUACAGGAGAUUGCUGGAGAAGAGAAAAAUAUCUCAUCAGAAAAAUCUGAUCAGAUUUCCCUUCAAGAAGUGACAAACCAGAUACACAAGGAGAAUAAGCAAGCAGGCUUUGCCACUGUUGUCACAGGGGAUAUCCCAAAAGAAGAAAAUCUCUCUGGACAAAAAGAAGACAUCUCAACAGAAAAGAAUAUUGACGAACCCAUGCUUCUGCCGGAGUCACUGCCUGCAAAGGCAGAUAAGGUUUUGGCUGAGAAAGAAACAGCACAGGAAAAUCUUAAUGACACAAAGGACACCGAUGAAGAAACAAGAGAAAUAAAACCCGAAGUUCAGAAGAUUGAAAGUGUGUCCUCCGAAAGCCUCCCACAAGGCGCAAGCAGUAAGAUAGAGGAACAAGAGACAGAAAUAUCACCGAAGGGAGACUGCCUGAGCCAACCGAAGGAAAUCACUGAGGAAUUUCAGAAGCUUGAAAAAAGCAUCCCACUCAUUCUAGAUAAGGAGAUACCAGUUGAAGCAACACUGUCACAGCAAAAGACAGUUGAAGACUUGCAGAAGAAUGAGAGAGAAGCAGAUGGAGCUGGAAACAUCAAAGGCACAUCUUCAGAAAUAAAAGGAACUGAACAUGUUGAAAGUAAAAUAGACAAUUUAGAUGAAAAAAUAACGGAGUCCCCAACAUCGAUAGAGUCAGGAAGGAAUUCGCUAUCUGACCUUCUCCAGAAGGUGAAGAAAGGGAAAGAAACAAAAACCGGCGAAGAAGGAACUCGGGUUGAAGAAGCAAAAACUGAUAAAGUUGAAGACACAGAAGCAUCUCAUAUCGAGGAGGCUAAAACAGAGGAAAACAAAGAUGACGAGGGGGACGGAGAUGAACAUAAGGAGGAUAAAACCAGUCCUGACUCUGUUGUCAUGGUGGAAGCCAGAGAUGUGAAUGACAAGACCCCGCACAAGAAAUCGCACGGCAUUCUAUCUGGUGUUGGAUCAAAGGUCAAGCAUUCCAUUUCCAAGGUGAAGAAAGCCAUUACAGGGAAAUCUUCACACACCAAGCCCGUAUCGCCAAAGUGAAGUGGGAGAAAGAAAGUCUCCAUAAGAAUGGUAUUUGGUUUGUCUUCCUUUUUUUUUCCACUAUUUCGUUUCCCUUGUUUUUUGAUUGGCUUUCCCUCCCUUUUCUAGAGUUUUGUGAAUACUAUAGAGCUGUUGAUCAUCCGUUCAUCUUUCAGUACGUUGCAGAAACGUUUUGUGAAUGUUUUUCUGGUGUGUUUUUUUGCAUCUUAAUAUAGUGUUUUUCCCGACACU